CAAAAGAAAAUGAAAAAAUUAUAAGAUAAGUUAAAAAUUUUCUCAAAACAAAUUUUAAGGAUAUGUGUUUGACUAAACCUGUUUCAAAUUAGGUAAUGUUAACGCAUUCCAGAGAUAAACAAGAUAUCGUUUCAAGUGUUUUCUAUUUAACUUCCUCGAAUUUACUGUGAAUUGGUUAGGUAUGGAGUAAAUUUUAAAGCAGUUAAAUAAAAAAUAAAUAAAAUAAAAUGGCAUAUGAGGACUUAUUGACUCCAGGAACAGAACUUAGCGAACUCAAAUUCACUGGGUUCUGGGACUGGUUUAUUAACGUGUCCGAUAUCAGAAUCCACUGGAAACACGAACCGACCUACGUAAUAUCCCAAUUUGCUUACUUAUUCGGCGGUAUAGCCACGUUCGUACACGCACGCAUAUGGAAAGGGCGUCUUCCGUACCUGUGGAUUUCUGUAGUGCUUCACGGCCUUGUCGUAGAAAGCUUGUCUUACUUCCUGCGUCCACAUGUGGACAACUUUUGGCACUCCCAAACCCCCGUAAUGUUUUUGGGAGGACGACUGCCGUUGCACAUUAUAUUUCUGUAUGCUUGUUUUCUGUAUAACAGUUCCGUCGCCGUGGCAAAAAUGCGUUUGCCGAAAUGGUCGGAACCAUUCGCCGUGGGUCUAGGCGUGGUACUGAUAGAUAUACCCUACGACAUAAUAUCCGUAAACUUUCUUCACUGGACGUGGCACGAUACCGACCCCAACAUUUACGACAGACAUUAUUGGGUACCGUGGAAUUCGUAUUACUUCCACGCUUGUUUCGCUGCCAGUUUCACGUUUUGGUUUCAUUACACAAGAGAGAAGUUGUGCAAUAGCGAAGGAAAAUGGCUGGCCGAUAAACGGUAUGCACUCCUCCAACAUCAACAUCAAUUUCUCAAUUUUUUUCUAACAAAAUUUUUGUUUAGUGUUUCGAGAGAACUACUUUGUUCCGUAAUAGCGGCUCUUCUAGGGACACCUGGGGGCGUGCUUCUAUUUAUACCAAUCUACCACCCCCUCCACGAUGUUUUCAAAAUACACAGCGAAGUAACAUUCUCUAUACUGUUCGCCAUAUUUCUGUUGCUUAUUUGGUCCGGAGACCGAAAACCGAAAGAUAAAGUUUCAAAUACGGCAGUUCACAAAACGCAUUGGUCAACGUGGAUUUUAAUCGUUCACUUAAUAAUACACUACGCUGCUUUUAUGAUAAUGCCGAUAUUUUUCAAUCCCGAGGAUGAAAUUUCAACUGGUUUAAAAGAGCCGAUCGGGCCUUGCGACCAAUACGAAGACGUGAAAACUGCAUUUGGAAUGACUUUACAGAAAAGGAAAUAUUUGUGCUCCUCGGACUACGACGAAAAAUAUUUUGACUGGCAUUGCUUGCCCGAUGGGAGACCCCCGUCCAGUGGCUCCAUCUGGUAUACCGCCUGUGGCGUCCCGUUUCCUAAUAGAGCGGAAUAUAUCUCGAUAACCGCUCUAUUUUGCCUGAUUGCUGCGGUGGUUUUCAGAAAUUUGCACUUCAAAUCCUAUGGGGACGCAGUUUUUACACAGAAAUACGAAAACGUUAAAGAUAAAAGUAAAAAAAAGGUUUAGAUGAUUUAAUAAAAGAAGUUUUGUGAAAAAGUUAUAAAUUUUAUAAAAUGUUACAU